AUGGCCAUCGCGAGUUGGACCGAAAUCUUCGUGCGAGACGAUCGAGCCCUCGUGCAUGUCUUCCUGCCACCGUGGCUGGCCUACGGCCUGGAUCCGGCAACGUCCUCCGCCUACAUGCUCGAAGGCCUGGACUUCGUCCGCGUGAAUCUCAGCGAAGAGGGAGUUCCAACAUCCGCUCUGGACACGACGAGCUUCCAACAUCGCAGGACAGUGAUGAAGCAGAAGCUGGAAGGCCUCGCCGGGGAUGUCUCCACACCUUUACGCGCCAAUCUGCAAGCGGGCAGAGCUACCAUUCCACGGACCACGGAACCCAACCUUCUCAAACAGGCUCAGCUGGUCGUUCUCGCGCAUGCCGCCGAGCCUGGCAAGCCUAAAGCUGCCUUGGGAGCCUACCUCUACGACGCUCCGGGCGGCGGGAACCGGCGCUUCUGUCCGCCUCCGGGACACAGAAGAUUGGAGCUCUGGACUGGCCACAUCGCCUUCUUCAACGGAGACGCCUACAUCGCGGACACGUCCAACAACAGGAUCCUGAAGGUCAGUCCAGGCAACUCCGCGGCUGAGAUCUUCUUCGGUGACGCCUACAUCACUGACCAUUGCAACAACAGGAGCCUGAAGGUUAGUCCGGGCAACUCCGAGGCUGACAUCUUCUUCGCUGGCAAAGGCAGAGGCUCAGACCUGGACCAGCUGUACAGGCCUACAGGUCUGACUUUUUCCGACGGCAACGCCUACAUCGUGGAUGGUGGCAAUGACCGAGCGAUGAAUGUCUCAAAGUCCAAGGCUCCAAUCUUUGGCAAAUUUGGCCGGAGGCUGCUUUGUGAGCCGGAGACAUUCGAGGAGAUUGCACUUGCCCUUGGGUGUGUCAGUGCCAACGCGGAAAGUGCUCUUUGGCACCUUGCUGUUGACUAUCGCCGUUCAAGCGUUAUUGCUGCAGAAAGGAGGGCAAAGUGGGGUCACAAAGCCAGACCUGUCAAGGGCUUGCUUGCGGGCAUCCGGACACUGGCAUUGGCUUUUGUGCUUCUCUUUGCGGUGUUGUACGUGAUUUCAGGCUUCUCCGCCAUGACGAUCGGCAGCCACUAUGGCGACACGUUUCUCGAUGACGAGAACACCCUGGUUCCCUACUUCAGGACCAUUCCAGAUGCAAUGUUUACGGCCUUCCGAUGCUUCACGGGGGAGUGUACCACUUACGCUGGUGAGCCCAUCCACUAUCUUCUUGCUCUCGAGUUCGGCUAUCCGUUCAUGUUCCUAUAUGUGGGCUGCUAUAUGCUGGUGACGAUGGGCAUUUUCAACGUCAUUCUCGCUGUCUACGUGGACAUCACCAUGAAAGCAGCGAAGGAGAACGAUGCCGUCAACGCCGAGCAGUAUUCUCGUGAGUCGAUCCGAGUUGCGAAGACCACACGCGAGCUGUUGAAGAAGUUCUCCGCUGCCUAUCGGCUUUUUAACGACCUGGAUUCAGCGAAAGACUCGAACUCCUGGGGAACACGCCUUGACUUGGGGAGAGCGGGCGUGUUCAACGAGACAGAGAUGGACAAGAUCGCCAUCACCAAGGAGCUCUUUCUGUUGAUCGUGCAAGAUAGCGCGGUGCAGAAGCUGAUGGAUGAGUUGGACCUGCCGCCCGACCGCGCGAAUCUCUUCGAGAUCAUCGAUGCGGACGGCAGCGGGACGCUUCAAAUCACGGAGCUUCUCCAUGGACUCCUCAAAAUUCGAGGUGAUCUCAGCAAGAGUGAUGCUGUGGCCUCCUUGCUAGCAACUCGCGCAGUGCAGCAGAUGCUCGCUGACUUCAUUGCUCAGAGCAAGCG